CUGUGGGCGGGACUAAAAUAAAACAGCGGAAGAUUCAAAACUAAGAUGGCGGCUGAAAACGAUCCCCGUAACGAUCCCAAAUUGGACAGAAGGGGGACAACAUGCAGUGUGUUUAUCAGCCAGGAAAAGCCAAACACAAGCCAGCCUGUGAUCUUUAACCCGGACUUCUUUGUGGAGAGGCUGAGACAUGAGCAUCCACAGAUCUUCUCGGAUUUGGUUCUUAGCAAUAUCACCCGACUCAUCGACCUUCCAGGGACCGAGUUUGCCCAGCUCACCGGGGAGUCUGAGCCCAGAGUGCCCCCCAGCAGCGGCUUUCUACGCUCCUUCAACUUCCUGAAACGGAAAGAUAAAGGAGUGGUUUUCGGUGCACCGUUAACUGAAGAAGGAAUAGCACAGAUCUAUCAGCUCAUUGAAUACCUGAGUAAAAACCUUCAUGUGGAGGGGUUGUUCCGCGUGCCAGGCCACAGCCUGAGGCAGGCAGCCCUGAGGGAAAUGCUGAAUGCUGGGGCAGAGAUAGAUCUAGAGACAGGCGACUUCCACCCCAAUGAUGCGGCCACAUUGCUUAAAGCCUACCUGGGAGAGCUGCCAGAGCCUCUGCUCACGCACAGACACUAUCAUGCUCAUCUGAAGAUUGGAGAGCUGACUCGCUUUGAUGAGAAGGGGGAUAAGACGAACGUGCCUGACAAGGAACGCCAGAUUGAGGCAUUUCAGCUGCUUUUCAUGCUGCUCCCUCCAGCCAACCGCAGCCUGUUGAAGCUGCUGCUGGACUUGCUGUACCACACUGCUCGCAAUCAGCACAUCAACAAGAUGUCUGCCAUCAAUCUAGCCACAAUGUUUGCUCCACACAUUCUAUGGCCUAAAAAUGUGAUGGCAAGUGAUCUCCAGGGGGACAUUGAGAAACUGAAUAAUGCCAUUGCGUUCCUCAUCAGGCACUCACAAAAACUGUUUAAGGCGCCUGCGUAUAUCAAAGACUAUACCCGCUUAUACUUCACAGGAUCUAAAAGUCUUCAAUCAAAGGAUGACUUGACACUCUGUUCUGGCACUAAAGAUGGGCCUGUGUCUGUGGUAACAGCAUCCUCCCCUUCUCCCUCCAUGCGAACAGUCGGAGAUGAGGUUAGCAGCACCUGCACCAUCAGGCCAUCUGAGACUCAGAGUUAUACUGAAUCUGCCCUCAGAGAGCUGUACCAGCAAGUCAGCAACCUGCCCGAGUCUGCCAAAAAGAAGAAACUCAUCAGACAGUUUGAGAAGCAGCAGACACCUUCGACUGACUCUCGAACACCAUUUAGCAGGAAACAUUGGCGUUCACGCUCUCUAGGUGGAAUCAUCAAGAGGAAGGUGUUGGGAAGCCAAGUAUUAACAGAGAAAGAAAACAGCAGACUGCAGAGUCCUCGACCCAGUAGUUCAACUGAUUGCUAAGGAAGAGAAACACCAGCUGUGGAGGACUCAUCCAGGAAUAAUUGUCUUUAAAAGAAUGUGCUCUUCACAACUAAGGUAACAUCAGUCUGACUUUUAUGUCAGGGGUAUUAAAGGAUCUUCUUGAGGCAUCGACACAAACUGAACAGUUAAUGCACUGUACAGUUUUGUUUCAACACCAUGUUUAGGUCUGUACUCAGCUGUUUUUUUUAUAUUUUUCUCAAAGUGAAGUUUAAGUCUUACUUGGGUUAUUAAGAUAGCAGAGAAAUCAUCAAAAAAUGUUCUUUAUCUAAGGGGUAUACAUGGGGUUAAUGGGGGUUAAUGGGGAUUAAUGGACAUCAAUGAGGAGGUUACGUGCUUUAUUUUAAGUCAAUGCAAUUUACCGGUCUUUGUACCCAGUCUGCAGAAGCUCCAUCUCAAUUUCCUUAUUUCUUGUCAAUUCACAGUUUUCUGCAGCAUGCAAGUAACAUGUAUUUACACAAAUUAAUUUGUGAUUUUAUUUAGCUUUACUAUCGACUGAAACGUGUUUUAUUUAAUUUGCAAACCUAUUUGUAUUUAUUUUUUAUUAAUCAUCUGGAUGUUUCAAGUCCUGGAAUCCAGUGUGUCACAUGCAUUGAAAAUGCUUUUCUAUUUAAAUAUGACAUGUGUUGAAAGUUGUUAUAAGUUUAGUUCAACUGAAUGCCGUCAGUGCAGACCAUUCAAGACGUUUAUUAGAAAAGUGGUGAAUUUGGAGAUGUGCCUUAAAGUGAAUAUAUCUAAAUUUUCUGUUUAAUGCAAUCUUUAUUUAACCUUAAGAGUUUCCUUUUUGUUUUCCUUUAAAUUCCCGAUGGCUUUAAGAGCAUGCUGAAAUUGAUGAAAGAAUACUUUCAAGUGUCAGUAAAAUGAGGGAGUGAAGUCUAAUAGAAGAUGGGAGAGACUAAGUGGAAGGCCAAAGGACCAACUCAUGUGCAUUAUAUAUUUUUUCUUUGUUUCCACUUCUUGGGUGUCAAUACUGUGAUACUUUAAACUACUGCUACUUUAAACUACAACUUGGUUUUGUACUUUACUUUUUAGUGUUUCUCAGGCCAGUUUUGAUUCUUAUGCAACAUUGUAUACAGUUUUAUAGCUUUAUAUGCAUUUGUGUUUUUACAGUUAUUCAGCUAUUUAGUGCAAGAAUUUUUGGUAUUUUAAACAUUUUAUUGUCAAUUUUUAUCUUUUUUUUUGUUAGUUGAAUGAAGAUGAAUCUGUUGUUUGCCUUCUAUUGUGGUUCUGAAACAGGUGCUUUCUGGGAGAGUUUGAGCCACUGCCACUUUUAAAACCUCCUUGUUGUCUUACUCUUUAGUAGCAGUUUCCAGGUCAAGAGUCACUUUGAAAAGCUGUUACAAAUGAACUAUAAUGUGACGUCCAAAAUGUAAACUGAUGAAAUUCAUGCUACUGUGAAGCUAUGCAACUCACUGUAAUUAAAAGACAACAAGCUGC